AUGGAGCUAGCCCGUCUAGCUAAUGCUCCUAGCUUAGCCUCAGGUGCCGCUGACAUCAUGUUUGUGUUGGAUGGCUCCUCUAGCGUCAACGCACAGGAAUUUUCCGAGGCCUUGACUUUCAUCAGCCAAGUUGUGGACGCUUUCGACAUCGCUGCCGACUUCACACGCGUAGGUGUGAUUCAGUUUACUCACCUGUUUGUGGAAGAAUUCCCGCUAAACGCAUACUCUGACAAGGCGUCUUUGCAACAGGCCAUCAGCAGCAUUGACCAAAGACCAGGUGGGACUCUCAUAGCCCCGGCCAUUAACUACCUGAUCGACACAAGUUUUACGGUAGCCAAAGGGGCGCGGCCUCUAUCAGAGGGGAUCCCCAGGAUAGCGAUUUUUAUAACGAACGGGCCAGCGUUUGACCAUCCGCCAGAUACUACGAUAGACCCGGCAAUAUCUGCCUUACAAGCAUCUACCAUAAUUCCAUUUUCCAUUGGCGUGGGCGAUGCCGCGUACGCGGACCAACUGUUAGCAGUGGCCGGGGAUCCAAAUCGGGUGUACCAUGUCGGCAGUUACUCUGUCAUCGACAACAUCCGGGUGCCCUUGUUGUGGGGAGUGAGGGAGAUAAUUGAGUUACCGUCAUCACCAAGGCCAGAACUCCCACUGACGUCACGACCGCCGACCAUGGCACCUGCCAGCACACAGCGUCGGAGUACAAAGAAACUGUCGACACUAAGAGCAACUUGAAAUCGCGAGGUUUCGCUUAGACUACGUACGUCAGUUGGUUUGCAUCUUUAACUCCUGUUCAAUUUCGGAUUGCUGAGUUAACUAGUUACUUAUUUAGUUUGUUAGUGAAGUCACCCUCUGUACAAUUUCGAAGUUAUGUUAGGUAGUUAGUUAGUAAAGUUAGCUUAAGUCAGGUAGUUAGUUAGUUAAGUUAAUGAUGCGGGAGCACAUCACAUCAAAUAUGAAUCUGGGAAAAAUUGUCCGCAUGGAAAUUUUUUGUAAUUAGAAACAACAACAAGAUUUCGUUCGGCCCACAAACCACGUGACCGCUCCCCCACGUGACCUUCGAACUUUCUCAGUUUGUUCUGUUUUCUGGGGGAGACGGUUCAUGUUUUCGGUCCGCUCCGUUUGAAUUUUGACCCACCACCUCCCCAUCACCACCUUAGCUAUAGUGAUAGUAUAUAUACUGGUAUGAGGUUAACUGUUGAUAAGUUUGAUAUAUGGUUACUUGAAUGUUCCUUGAACUUGAACUUACUGAAUGGCGUUUUUCUUUGGAAAGUAUACAUUACACUUUCCCGUUUCAGGCCACAUCUGCGUGUUUUAUCUUGAUUGAUAGAUAAUUUGUAACAUUUAUAUUCAUAUCCUUCUAGAAAUGAGGUAUUUGAUUGUCUGCAUCUUUCCAAUAUAUAACAAGCCCCAAGUUCUAAUUAAAACAUACAAUACUGUACCGUUUUAUUUACAAAAUUCUCUUGUUGUUGUUUGGUGCCAUUAGUUACUUCUGUUUACGUGCAUGAGACUUUUGACAAGGUUGUGUUAUAAAAUCACCCAUUAGGAUUCAGCAAUGGUAAAGUAUCAGCCGUGAGUCUGCCACUGAGAGGUGUUUACAUCUGAUUCAGUAGGGACCAGGCUAAAGCUUUGGUCCCAAUUGGAAAAGGGGCCCUGCCGGGUAGUCCCCGGGCUGUUUUGGGGCACUUU